GCGCGGGCUCCGAAAGGGACAGGAACUGGCUGGGCAGCUGGCGACGCCGGCAGGACAGCUGUUAAGGAGGCCCCUUGGAGGAAGGGAUCGAACAGUUUCACAGGAAUUUCCCCCUCCUACUGCCAGCACCUCUCAGCAAGGAACCCGGCCAGAACCUGUUAAGGAAACCUCAAUUUCAUCAUCUGUGAAAUGGGGAGAAUAGUCUUGCUUAAAGCCCGUUACCUCCUGUCUUGGUCGCAGGUGGCACCUAACAAUUUUGUUUUUUUAAAACUCGGGUGCUGCCACUCUCGCUGAUUUAAAAAAGAAAGAAAAAUACCAUUUCUUGUACCCUGGUGGAAGGGGUUGGAAAGUGUGGGUGUGAAACUGGGAACUGUCUACUUCCUCCCUCUACAUCUGAGGCUGGGUGGGGGAAAUCCCUUAGUCCACCUUAAAUGCAAGCAGCUGUGUAGCUGGUGCCCCUCCCCCACCACAGCUGGAAGUCGCUGCCUGUGGGCGCCCUCUAUGGGGGCCACUUCUGGUUUAGUCUUGCCCUCCGAAGCCUCAACUCGGAUCACUCCAUCCUUCCACCAAAUAUGAAUUGCCUGUACACUGAACUGGGCCCUGUAUUUAGUGAGAGGACCCAAGGAUGACUGGGGAAGGUUCUGUUCAUUAGGAUUUUCAGUCUAGCAAGAGACACACACUUAAGCUGAUAAAUUACAAGAGUUUAAAGGAUUUACUGGAGGACCCAUCCAUCCAUCUCUCCAUCCAUCCAAUUAUUCUUUCAUUUCUUAAAUGAUGCCUACACUCUGUUAAGUGCUGAUUACUAAGAAGAAUAAGACAGAUUCUUGCCUUCAAAGGGCCUUUUGGUCCAUUAGGUUCCACACGUCUAGAGUCCAGGCACACACACACACACAAAACCCUUCUUUCAACACACACACACAUUUCAUUAAACACACACACAAAGAAAAUAAAUCAUAGGGGGACACCCAUAACAUAAACAUAAAAUCGGAAUAAUCUGUGAAAGGAACCAGACAUAAAAGAAUACAAAUUGUAAAAUUCCACACCAGCUGGGAUGGGAAUUCAUUAGAAAUGCAAAUUAUCAGGCCCCACCCCAUAUGUCUCUUUUAACAAGCCUUCAGGAGAUUCCCAUGCACACUAAAGUGUGAGAACCAUUGGAAAGUACACAAAAAAGUAAAACUAAUCUUUGCUGUCAGAAAUUAUGGUAACAUUACCCUAAGGAGAGUAGUGACAGGCCAGGAGCACUUCCUGGAUGCUGGUAACACUCUUGCUUUAUCUGGGUGCUGGGUACAUAAGUGCAUUCAGUUUGGGAGAAUUCAGCAAGACAUGUAUUUAUGAUAUGUGAGUUUUUCUGUGUGUAUAUUUCAAAACAAAAUUUUAAAAAGGGAACAGCUCCGGUUGAAGCCCUGGGAGGGACAGGAAGAGUGAGGGUUUAGGAGCCCUUCUACGGCUCUGCAUUUAUCCCACAUACAGUCCAGUCCUUAAGGGGUUUCCAAGGGAACCUAAAGUUCCUUAAAGUAUAGCUUGAAAUCAAUCAUUGAUCUGUCCCAAUAGAGAGUCGGUGACUUGUCCAAAGUCUCAUAGAGCCAGCACCAGAACCCAGAUCUCCUGACUCCCCAGCCAGGGUUCUGGACACUGUUCCUUUGCUACAAGGCCAGUGUCAUGAGUGAGGAUGGCGAGGGGGAACAGCUCACCAGCCUCUGUCCAAUCCCCACGCCUUAACUUGGGUCUUGGGAAGAAGGCCAAGACUCUAGUGUGGAUGAUGCUUUUCUCAUCCUGGAGCAACUUCCGUUCUGGGAACUGGGUGUCUCCUUCUGGGCAAAGACAAUAAAAUUCAUCCAAGGGGCUGGAGGAACAGGGCUCCUCCUGCCCCCACCCGGAUGAGCAUCACGUGGCUCCUGGGUUAGCAGGCCAGGAAAAUCCCAGCCCUUGCACACUUAGCCUCCCAUAUCCCUCUAUUCACCCAGCCUGACACACUCACAGAGACCAGACCCACCUUGAACACUCACCGUCACACAUUCCCUGGCACAGUUCCAUCACCUUCAGCUCCUGCCACCUCUCCCCAGCAAUACUGCCACCCUUUCCCAAAUUCCCAGAGCUGCAGCCUUGCCCUGUCACUCACCCCAAAUCCACCAUGUCCCUGGGGCCACUGAAAUUCCAGGCAGUAGGUGAAGAAAAUGAAGAGGAUGAGGAGGGAGAGAGCCUGGACUCCGUGAAGGCACUGACGGCCAAGCUACAGCUGCAGACACGACGGCCCUCAUAUCUGGAGUGGACAGCCCGGCUGCAGAGCCAGGCCUGGCACAGGACCCAACCCAGACCCGCACUGGGGGGCCCUGGGACCCUCUGCGGCUUCGACUCAAUGGACUCUGCCCUAGAUUGGCUCAGACAGGAGCUGCGGGAGAUGCAGGCUCAGGACCGGCAGCUGGCAGGACAGCUGCUUCGGCUGCGGGCCCAGCUGCACCGGCUGAAGGUGGACCAAGCCUGUCACCUGCACCAAGAGCUGCUGGACGAGGCCGAGCUGGACCUGGAGCUGGAGCCGGGGGCCGGCCUUGCCUUGGCCCCGCCGCUGCGGCACCUCGGCCUCACGCGCAUGAACAUCAGCACGCGACGCUUCACCCUCUGCUGAGCCACACCUGCACCUCCUGAGACCUCCCGGGAAGGGGAAAGGAGGGGUGUCCCAGAGGUGCCAGCACCUCGCAAAGCGUGCUGGGAGGGUUGGGAGAUCACUCAGCUUUCUGGGAGCAUAAAGGCCCCUGCUGCCUUAGCUUGGGAAGGGGGAGUUGGAGGAAGGGGAGAGGCUCACCGACCCCCAAGCUCUUCAAUAAAGACCCUCUCUGCUUCCCA